CAGGGGGAGGCUCCAGUCCGGCCUGAGGCACCGCCCAACUCCCGCCCCUCGAGAGUGGGAUCGGGACGGAGGGGUUCGCUCGGCUCGGCUCACAAGGCAGCAUGCAGCGGCCGGGUCCCGCCGGGAGUAUCAACCGCGAGCCAGGCUGGUACCUGUCUGCCCGCGAGCAGGAAGGGGAACAGGAGUCCGCCCCGUUGCUGCCUCCCGCGCCGCUGGGCAAUAGUGCUCUGAAUCAUGCAUCUUCAGGUGUUUCCUUUGGUUUCUCAGUAUUUAAUUUAAUGAAUGCAAUCAUGGGAAGUGGAAUACUUGGUUUAUCUUAUGCCAUGGCCAACACAGGGGUCAUUGGAUUUAGCAUCUUGCUGCUGAUUGUUGCCAGCCUUGCUGCUUACUCAGUAUUUCUGCUGCUUAGUAUGUGUAUUCAGACUGCUGUCACUUCUUAUGAAGAUCUUGGUCUCUUUGCAUUUGGAUCACCUGGGAAGGUUAUUGUGGGAAGUACGAUAAUUAUUCAGAAUAUUGGAGCUAUGUCAUCUUACCUUUUAAUUGUUAAAUCUGAACUGCCUGGUGCAAUUGCAGGAUUCAUAAGUGGACAUGACAGCGGGUCAUGGUAUCUUGAUGGCAGAGUGCUGUUACUGAUUACUUCAGUCUGCAUUGUUUUUCCUCUUGCACUUCUUCCAAAAAUUGGCUUUCUUGGCUAUACAAGUAGUUUAUCAUUUUUCUUUAUGGUGUACUUUGCUCUUGUGGUUGUAAUAAAAAAAUGGUCCAUCCCUUGUCCACUGACAUUAAACAGCCCUAUAGAGAUCUUCCAGAUUUCAAAUUCUACUGAGGAUUGUAAAGCAAAGCUCUUCCAUUUUUCCAAGGAGAGUGCUUAUGCCAUCCCAACCAUGGCCUUCUCAUUUCUCUGCCAUACAUCAGUAUUGCCCAUUUACUGUGAGCUCCAAAGUCCAUCGAAAAGCAGAAUGCAGAAUGUAACCAACACAGGAAUUGGUCUGAGUUUCCUACUCUAUUUUGUGUCUGCCUUGUUUGGGUAUCUUACUUUUUAUGACAAAGUGGACUCAGAAUUACUGCAGGGUUACAGCAGGUACCUGCCGCAUGAUAUUGUCAUCAUGACUGUAAAACUAGGCAUGCUAUUUGCUGUGAUUUUGACAGUGCCUCUAAUCCAUUUCCCUGCAAGGAAGGCUGUAAUGAUGAUAUUUUUGUCUCAUCUUCCUACUUCAUGGAUUUGCCAUAUCCUUGUCACUUUAGCACUCAAUGCAGUCAUUGUUUUGCUUGCAUUAUAUGUGCCCGACAUUAGAAAUGUAUUUGGAUUAGUUGGUUCUACCACAUCUACAUGUUUGCUCUUUGUGUAUCCUGGACUGUUUUAUCUUAAACUUAGCAGAGAGGACUUUAUAUCACGACAGAAGCUUGGGGCUUGUGCAUUGUUUAUUUUUGGCAUACUUGUUGGUCUCUUAAGUUUAGCCUUAAUCAUUUUCAAUUGGAUUAACCAAUAAAAUCCCUUCCAUUGCUUCUUGAGCUGGACUUGAGAAAGACAAUGCGAGCAAAGACUUCCAGCAACAUAUUGCAAAUUCUCAACUGAAUGCUGGACGUCUUCAAGAAGAAACCCUUCAGGAGCUGUCUAUGAAACAAGUAACAUUUUGUUUGUUUA